AUGAGCAAAGCAACACAACCACAACCGGGGCAUGAACCGAAGAUGGGGAAAGUUGGGAUGUUAACAGUCAAAUUUGAAGAUGUGAAAGAAGACACUGUUGGGUAUAUUGUAUGUGAUGUCGACAGUUUGACAUAUUUUACUAAGAAAAAUAAAGCGUCGAAGAACUUACACGUGAACGAAACGCUCUACUUCCCAGUCCAAAACCCACGCGCUAACAUCCACUUUUUCUUGUAUAAACCAAGACUCAUUGGUGCAAAGUGUGUUGGUUUCCACCAACUGUGUUUGGCCGAUUUGAAGGAAUCUGAUGGUAAAAUGCAUUACAUUCAGUCUAUUAAAAAGCCCAAGAACAUUAUAGAACCAGACAUUGGAGAAGUCAAACAAACUGAAGUGAAAGAAGAAGGAAAGAAAAAGAAGAGUGACAAAUGUGCUCAAUUUAACGUUUCGAUUGUCUUCACCCCCGUUCCCGUCGAAGAGAAAAAAAUGGUUGGUAUCAUCCAUGAAGGUGUUUGGAAGCCUGGAAUGGACGCUGGAAAUAUCAUCGGUAACCCUAAGUGGUACGAGAACCCACAAUAUUUGUUAACUUUGUCUUCGAAAAUGCACGUCAAAAUCUGCUUGAAGCAAGACAUCACGACUAACAGAGUCACGUACUUCAUCGUCAAAUAUGAUGCGUUGUUCUAUGAAGGAUGUCCACUCACUUUAUAUGACCCAAAUGAAGUGAUCAAAAUCGACGACAACUUCUUGAGCACAAAAGCUUCGAAUGAAAUCGAACAAAGCUUUGAACUUGACGCGGGAAGUUAUGUGAUCAUCCCAACUAACAUGAACAAAGUCUCUGAAGUGAAUCCAGAGAAGUUACAUGGGAAGUUCCAAAUAGCUGCGUCGUGUGAACACAUGGAAGGAAUUGAAUUUGUCCCCGCCAACUUGUCGAAGAAGUGGGAAGUCUUUGAAGAGAAGAAGGUGUGGGAUAAAGUGACCAAUGGAGGAGCAGAUAGAGGAAGUCCAUUUGAGUUCUACCACAACUUCCAGUACUUCUUAAAGACGGAGAAAGAUGUCAAAGUGUCUGUCACUAUGGAACAAGCAGACAACAAACAUAAGAUGGGGUUCUACUUAUUUAAUUGCAAACAAAGUGAUCGCAAGGAAAUCGACUUUGGUGAGCUCGCGGAUGAGACCAAAACGUUAAUUUCAUAUGUCUGUGUUGGGAAGAAUUUCACAUUAAAGAAGGGAGAGUAUAUCUUAGUCCCAUGUUCAUCUGAGGAAAAGCUCGAAGGUGAGUUUAUCAUCAGAAUAUAUUCACAAGAGAAAAUCGAAGUCAAAGAGUUGACCAGACAGUGGUCAAAUAUGGUCGUUGCUGAAGGAAAGUGGGAGGAAGGUACUGCUGGUGGAAACGUGAAUAACCCAGAGGCCUUUGUGACCAAUCCUCAGUAUGUUAUUAAAGCCAAAUACAACGGGGAAGAGUGCAAAGACAUCAUCUUCUUGUUGUCACAGUUCAUUGGAACAUCUGGUAAAAUCGAGUCGAUAGGGUUACCAAUCUUUGUUGACACCGGUGCUCAUUUGGAGGCUGACGAUGUGAAUGAAGACAACUUAAUCAACUUGCCAGAGGCUUGGGUCAAAAAUAAAAAUGUCUUCACGUGCUUUGAAGUCGACCCUGACGAUGGAUUGGACGUCAUUGCUGUACCUUCAACAAUGAAACAAGACACCUACGCCCCGUUCAAGAUCACCAUCUUGUCCGAUGUGAAAGACAUCACUAUUGAGGAGCUCACCGCUUAA